AUGAACCGCUAUGGAUAUGGCGGCCACGGCGGAUACGGUGGCGGCGGCUUCGGCCGCGGCUUUGGCGGCUACCGCGGUCCCGGUGGCCGUGGUAAUCAUCCCUACGGCUACGGCGCUGGCGCCAACGAUAAUGUCGAAUGGUCUUCGAGUUCCGACGAAGAGGAAGACCCAGCUGCCGUUCGCGCACGAGUUGCCGAGGUGUACAGGCGCCAUUACGAGAACGACCCGGAACCUGGCCACGGCAUUGCAGGUGGCCCGGGCCGCCCGGGCGAAGUUGACAGCGACGCACUGCUCGCCCAGCUACAUCGCGUCCUCCAGGCCACCGAUCACCUUAGCCCGCAAGAGGGGCGCGCCUUGAUGAUAUCCUUCCACAGACUGGAGAGGCUGGAAGAAAGUCGUGAACACGCCCGACACGAUCGCGAUAGGCGGAUGAGAAACGAGGAAUUCGAACGUCUCGGCCGCCGCAUCCAGCGCAUAACACUGCAUUUCAUGGGCCAGCAGUUUGCUAUCCCUAGGAUUCCUGCAGGUGGUCGUGCCGGUCUGGCCGCUCCUCCCGCCAACGAUCACGCCGAUGAGCGAGCAGGCGGAGCUCACGAGCCAGCCGGCCCAGCCCACGAACAUGGUCCCCACCCAGGCGAAGUGGACAGUGAGACCGUCCGCGAAAACCUCGCUCGGAUCCUCGAUACCGUCCCUCACGUCACUCCCCGAGACCAGGAUGGCUUCAUGCAAGCCUUUGCGAACCUCGACAUCAUAGAAGAGGACCGAGACCACGCACGCAACGCUGCCGAGAGGGCUGAGGUGAACGAAGAGCUUCAUUGUCUUGCCCAGCGCUUGCAGAGGGUCGAGCUGCGCCUUACGGGCCAGCAGAACCCCGUGCCGAUCAUCCCCGGAGGCGGCGCUGGCGGCGCUGAACCUGAUCCUCGACGCGGCCCCCGCAAUGGCAACGACAACGGCAACGGCAACGGCAGGCCCGCCAGAGCAGCCGCAGCCGCCGCAGCAGCCGCCCGAGCCCAAGCAGGAGGACCGCCUCCCCACGACGCCCGCAACAACGAUGCUCGCCCCGCCGCCGGCCCCGCCGGGCCCCGCGCAGCCCACCCAAACCCACCCGCAGGCAUGCGCCCCCUCAGCGCCGAAGACGCUCGCCUCCCACCGCGCAACACCGCCGUCACGGCCCCCGUAAUCCUGCACGCCCCUGACGGCACCGCCGCGCACACCUUCCACCUCGUGCUCCACAACACGGCGCCCGAGGCCCGGGCGCUGGCGGCCGAGACGCGCGAAGCGGCGCGGGUGCGCCGCGAGCGGAACCCGGAGCCCGACGACGUCGUCGUCAGCGUUGCGCUCGAGAACGGGAGUCUCGCGCCCGUGAGCGAUGGGCCGCGCGGCAGGAUCUAUGCGACCAGACACGAUGCGUGUGAUCCGGUUGGCGGGGAUGGGGUCAGGGGCGAUAUCUUGAUCGCGGUGGAGACGAUGGUGGGGAGCGGGGAUCUGCGGGGGUUUGAGUUCUUGGGGGUUGGCACUGAGGGGAGUGAGGGGAGGCUUUAUCUCAUCCGGCCGAUUGAGGGGGAGGAGGACGCGGGCGGGGAUGGGGAUGCGGAUGGUGGAGGGCCGGAUGAGCUGGCUGGUGGACUGGAAGGUGGGAGGGGGGAGGGGAGAGCAGGCGUGGCGGGCGGAGGCGGAGGCGGAGCAGGCGGUUUCGGUGAUGGUGGAGCAGGCGGUGGGGGUGGGGGGUGGGCCGGUCGACGGGAGAGAUGGCAGAUGGAUCCCAUGGAGGCUGACGACGCGGCGCUGAGGAACAUUGAUCGUAUGCUGGAGUGGGUACGUGAGGAUAGGAGACGCAUGGAUGCCGGGCUACCGAGACGCCCGAGGGGGUAUGGAAGGAGGUUUUGA